UUCUCAGGACUCACAACGCUUUGAGAGCCUGUUUGUAAACUUGAAGUGAAACCUGAACAGACCUGAGAGUGGAUCUAUCAUGACUGCGAGGAUGCAGGGAGCCAAACCAGCGCCAAAGAGCCACGCAACAGAGACGACGAGGAGGGUCAGGAGAGCUCUGUGGCUUGUACUGGGCAUGCUCAGUCUGUCUCUGCUGCUGGUGGUGCUUGGAGUCUACACGACGACCCGCACAGAGAGCCUGAAUGUUACUGGUUACAUCUCCGGAGUUAUUCUGACCCUUGGAUCCUUCCUGGGACUUCUGGGACUCUGCCUGGAAGAGAACCGCAAGCAGCUGCUGACGGCUGCGAUUGUAUUCCUCAGCUUCGGGAUCAUCACCUCUUUUCUGUGCCUGGUGAUUGAUGGUGUCUGUAUUGUCUUUAACAUGGACAUGCGUCCACUGAAAGCAAAGAGGUGCCAGUACUACAGCAGCGGCGGCAGCUACAUCUAUGAGAACUUCUACACCUCUGUGUCGUGUUGGAGUCCCAAGGAGUCUUGUAGCAUGACAGUGCGAAGUGGGACCUGCUACUGCUGCGACCUCUACGACUGCGCCAACGGAGGCUACCUCAGCAACUACUAUGAGUACGUCGGAGUACGAAGCUGUGAGGAAGUUUUCACUCUGUACAUUUUGAUUUGGACCCUCAGCGGCCUGAACCUCGUGGCCUUCUUCACAGGCAUCCUCACUACAGCGGUGCUGGGCAGCAUCAAGGACCUGAGGAGUAGGAGCCCUGCGACCAAGCCCCCUGAGAGCGCAGUAUCUUCCUCCCCGACAGCUCCUCUGCUGAUGGACGCCAACACACACACAGUUCACCAGCUCCACCCAGGAGCCUCGAUGUAUUUCCCUACAGCAGAGGGGACGGCUGCCUCACAGAGUUUUCCUUCAUCAUCGACUCCUCACACCGAGUCCAACCCUCCUCCCUUCGUCCCGCUGACCAGCCUGCUGCCUUACAGGGUCCACGGCAUCCGGGCAUGAACACCAGCAAAAAAUGACCAGAAAACAAAUGCAAAAAGGGAUAAACAUUUUUUAUUCUUGUUUACGUUGUUGUGAGGAGGGGAGGAUGUACAACAACUACAGGAAAUAUAUGUCAGCCUGAAUAUUAUACAGAAAUUCAGAUUGUGUUUUAUAAAAAUCCAGAGGCGGACAUUUCAAUGUAUGCAAAGAUUAUAACAGACACUUACCAACUACUUUAUUAGGUACACCUGUUCAACUGCUUGUUAACGCAAAGAGCUAAUCAGCCAAUCACGUGGCAGCAACUCAAUGCAUUUAGGCAUGUAGACAUGAUCAAGACGACCUGCUGAAGUUCAAACUGAGCAUCAGAAUGGGGAAGAAAGGUGAUUUAAGUGACUUUGAACGUGGCAUGGUUGUUGGUACCAGACGGGCUGGUCUGAGUAUUUCAGAAACUGCUGAUCUACGGGGAUUUUCACACAAAACCAUCUCUAGGGUUUAAAGAGGAUGGUCCCAAUCCAGUGAGCAGCAGUUCUCUGGGUGAAAAUGCUUUAUGGAUGCCAAAGGUCAAUAGAAAGGUGACAGUAACUCAAAUAACCACUGGUUACAACCAAGGUCUGCAGAAGACCAUCUCUGAACCAACAACACGUCCAACCUUGAAGCAGAUGGGCUACAGCAGCAGAAGACCACACCAGGUGCCACUCCUGUCAGCUAACAACAGGAAACUGAGGCUACUGUUCACACAGGCUCACCAAAACUGGACAAUAGAAGAUUGGAAAAACGUUGCCUGGUCUGAUGAGUCUGGAUUUCUGCUGCCACAUUCAGAUGGUAGGGUCAGAAUUUGGUGUAAACAACAUAAAAGCAUGGAUCCAUCCUGCCUUGUAUCAACGGUUCAGGCUGGUGGUGGUGUAAUGGUGCGGGGGA